AUGAAAACCUACCUGAAGAAGGCCUGCGCUAGCCGUUCAUUUUCAGUUCGAGUCGCUAUCUUGCCGAAAGAUGCCGCACUUGCAGCGCCUUUACCCGACCUGGGCCAGGCAUUCCAUACACAUCGCAAGAAGCCUCUGGCGCCGCUGCACCCAACUGUCGAGGAGUCCAAAGUUCCAGCGCUACGUGCGCCCCAGCAAAAUACUCUGAAAAUAUUCACAUCGAUCAGAUCUCACCAGCAUCGCGCCGUCGGCCUGAUCUUGCGGGCCCUCGCUGCUGGCAGUCUGCUGAUCCUGAUGAGUGUCAUCCACCAGGACAACGACGACUCCGGCUCCCACUACAUCCACCCGCGGCACGCCAUGCAAUAUCCCCGACUAGGCCCGUCGCCGUAUGGCCCAGAUUACUUAAUUUUACUUGUAAUAAGCUUAGGUUAAGUGCAAUUAAAGCGUAAUCUACAGUUCACAGUCCGUUUCCGGAUAGCCGCGCUGAUCGUGAUUGCGCUCACCUACUGCUUCGGAUAGUACUGUAGAGAUUAACCAGUUGCGGCCUGUGCAACAUUACUUAUGGCUCACACAGUGAAUUUCCCUGAUUCACACACCACAUAUUUAUAGACACAAAUGUCGUUCAAUUAAUGUAUAUAAUUUAUGGAGGAUGCCGCACUUUUCCGUAUACCAACUAAGUCC